GGACACCGAGCGGAAAGGAAGACGAGGUUUGGAGCGUGUCCUGUCCGGCCCCCACCCGCGCCCCCCGCGCCCCCCUCCGCCCCCCCUCCCGCUGCCUGUACGAUUUUGUCGCCAGUUCUGUGUAGAAGCAGCAGGCAGUGCCCACGAAGACGAAGAGAAAGCGAACGAAGCCCAGGGAAGGGAAGGGAAGGGAAGGGAAGGGAGAGGAUAAAACUCGGGCGCAGAAUUUUCGACGACGCGGAGAUCUCAUUGUUGGAGGUGUUCCAUUGUGGUGCUUUUGUGGAGAAGAAGAGGAAGAAGUGUGGCGGGCGGAUUUUUCUCUGUACCCUAUCGUCGUGCUCGUUGUCGUCGAGAGGUUUGUUGUUGAUCGAGAGGUGUGGUGGUGGUCCGGGCCUCGUCGCGGCCUUGGCAGGUUUGCGUAUCACAGGGUUCGAUCGUGUGUGGUGGACGCGGGGCUGAGAUUUGGCGCCAUGGGUGGAGACGCAGCAGCCGUUGUGUUGGUUACGGAUGUAGCUGUGCUGCCGGCCACUGUCGUCGUCUGGGCUCUGCAAGCGUUUCCUGAGAAAACCGCAUCCGGCAAGGGUUUGGCGAUUCUCACGCAGGCAGCUGCUGCCGGUGGUAAGCUCCAGGUCGACUCUGCAUCUGUCGAUGUCGUAGUCUCCCUUGCUGAGACUCCUGGUCACCACUCGUCCUUGUGCCUCGGAGAGGUUUCUCGAAUUUUGAAGCCUGGAGGCACUUUGAUCGUUCAGGAACCACUUGCAACGAGGGAGCUAUUAGCGGAGGAAGCGCAGGAGUUUGGUCUGUCCUCUGUGGUCGUUCAGACGCAGGCUGCGCUACAAAGGAGUCUUUUGCUCGCUGGUUUUGUCGGAUCCACUACAGUGGAGUGCGUUGAAGGAGUCGGAUUGGCAUCAACAUUUGCUAGCCUUGGACCUCUAUUCAAUCCAGUAGCGUUCCAAGUACAAAAGCCCACAUGGGAAACUGGAUCGUCAUUUUCUCUGAAGAAAAAGGCAGUAGUUAAGCAAGAAAAUGGCGCUCACAUGAAUGGCUCUCCGAAGGUGACGAUUUCAGAUGUUAAUGACUUCAAUAUCAAUGUUACUCCGGCAGUGAAUGGAGUAGUGUCUUGGAAGGAUCCAGCUUUGGAUUUGGAUAAUGACGAGUUGGUUGAUGAGGACGCUCUGCUCACUGAAGAAGAUUUGAAGAAGCCAGAACCUUCAGCAGAUGACGAUUGCGAAGUAGGGACUACCGGAAAGAAGGCAUGCAAGAACUGCACUUGUGGCCGAGCCGAAAUUGAAGAAGCUCAAGAAGCCCAGCCGGAGACCAAGCUUACUCUUGGCCAAAUCAACAACCCGGAAUCAGCUUGUGGAAGCUGUGGACUAGGUGACGCUUUCCGCUGUAAUUCUUGUCCCUACAAAGGAUUACCUCCAUUCAAGCUCGGCGAGAAGAUAUCUCUUACAAGCUCUCUGCUCGUUGCGGAUGUGUGAAGUAAUUCUUUGUAGUCAUACCACGAGCAGCUCAAGAAAAGCAGAGAUGAGCUACAAUUUUGGCCGUCAUUAUUGACAGUUCACGACAAUUGAUUUCAUAGCUACAUGAAACCGUGUGGUAGAUGAAAUAGUUUAUUAAGAGAAGAAUUGAAAUAAAGCACCGAAGAGCAGCAUUCAUGUACAAUUUAUAGCGUGGAAUUGUGAUAGACUGGAUGAUACUCUGUGUUUCUUCAGGAGAUCGUAUCAAUCUAUGGUUCGUAGUCGAACUUUUGUGUAGACAAGAACGUAUUUUAGAGUUCUACUUCAAAAUAUGAUACGUUCAUACUCCUGAAAACCUUGUUGACAGACCAGACAAAAUAAAAGUCAUCUUCUGCCUACGUGGUUUUACGAAGUAAGCGUGUGCUAUAGCACACCUCAGAGUAUGGCGAUUCCUCCCCUUGUACGCUGAUGGUGUUGACGUAGUAAUUCAUCGCAUGCUAUCAGUGUGCUUAUCUGUUAUCCCUCUUGACUUCCACAGUCAGAAGAAUCUUACCAUUCCAGAGCUGUGGGAAUAUGCGCCAUGUUGCCACCGAGCACACGAUGUAAUUAUCAUAUGAAAUAUGGAAGUAUCGUCUGUUUAACCACUGUCUGGGUCAAUUUUGAUC